AUGGGAGGUUGUGCAACCAAGCCAAAGGUGUCGAAGGGUGAUGAAACCGAGGCUCCGCCGCCUGUUCCGAAGGAGGAGGUGGAGGCGAAAGAGGUGGCGAUAGUGGGAGAGGAAGCUGCUAAGGAUGAAGGGGUGGUGGCUGAUAACGAUCCCAAGCGUAAAUCCCUUGGUUUUUUAUUCGAGAACGAUGGGGAGCUGGGAUCGAGUGAAAGUGAUAAAUCAACAAAUGACCUAGUAGAACAAACAUCAUCUGAAACCAAAAAAGCCUCCGAUGUACUGGCCGAAGCUAAGCCCCAAGAAAAUGCACACGUAAAGUCUCUUGAACUGGUUGCUGAUACUAUUGAGGCCUCAAACGAAAAGAAAGAAAUUGUAAAACCAACUGCAGACAGUUUAGAAACUGAACCAUCUGAGACGAUAAAAGAAGUGAAAUCAGUGGAGAAUGCAAAGGUCGAUGCACUACAGGAAAAGAGACCGGAAGAGAAACCUAUCAUGCCUGAUCAGGCAAACAGUUUAGAAACUGAAACAUUGCAGAAGAUAACAGAAGAGAAACAAGUGGAUACUAAAACUGAAACAGCAGAGGAAAUGGAAAUCGAAGAUAAACCUAUUACAGAUGAGCAGAAGACAGAUAAGUGA